GCGACACAAGCCAAGUCGAUACACGGAAGCUCAGCUUUGUGUUUGCGGAUAGCCUACAACAAAUAGUAGGACGGCGUUUUUUCUCUCAAAAUUGCGUUUUCAAACAAAGAAAACAUGAGUUGGAGGUCGAUCCGUGCCCACAGGAUUUUAUGCGGUGGAUGUGAAGACAUUAUUUGAGCAAAGUGUGCAGCAGGCUCCAAGUUUAGUUAUUAGCUGUUAGCAUUGUGCACCUGUCACCCUCAAAGAUACUACUGCUUUACUCUGCUACUUUCUGCUCCAGCAUGCUCUCGUCUGACAAAUAGCACCGCUACUACCAGCCUGCGUUUACCCGGACUUAUUUAACACUACACCGAGGCCAGAUGCCCGAGCAGGGUCCCAGGAUGAACGGCUUCUCCCUGGGCGAGCUGUGCUGGCUCUUCUGCUGCCCGCCCUGUCCCAGCCGCAUCGCCGCUAAGCUGGCCUUCCUCCCGCCGGAGCCCACUUACUCCUUGCACACGGAUGCUAACGGGGCCACCAACCUACAUCUGACAGAACGGGCGGAUUGGCAGUACUCCCAGCGGGAGCUGGAUGCUGUGGAGGUGCUAAGUACCAGAAGCACCCGGGGGAACCGCGUCUGCUGCAUGUUCGUGCGCUGCGCGCCCAACAGCCGCUACACACUGCUCUUUUCUCAUGGGAAUGCCGUGGACCUGGGCCAGAUGUGCAGCUUUUACAUUGGACUAGGCUCCAGGAUAAACUGCAACGUGUUUUCUUACGACUAUGCGGGCUACGGAGCGAGCAGCGGCAGGCCGUCCGAGAAGAACCUGUACGCGGACAUCGAGGCCGCCUGGCAGGUGCUUCGGAACAAGUACGGUGUGGCCCCAGAGAACAUCAUCCUGUAUGGUCAGAGCAUUGGCACCGUACCCACUGUGGACCUGGCUGCGCGGUAUGAGUGUGCAGCCGUGAUCUUGCACUCCCCACUUAUGUCCGGACUCAGGGUGGCCUUCCCAGAUACACGCAAGACCUACUGCUUCGACGCCUUCCCCAGUAUUGACAAAGUGUCCAAGGUGGCGUCCCCGGUGCUGGUCAUCCAUGGGACGGAGGAUGAGGUCAUCGAUUUCUCCCAUGGGCUGGCCAUGUACGAGCGCUGCCCACGUGCCGUUGAGCCUCUGUGGGUGGAGGGGGCGGGACACAACGACAUCGAACUCUAUGCGCAGUACCUGGAGAGGCUAAAGCAGUUCAUCUCCUUUGAACUGUCCACAUCAUGAUGUCCAUCGUCCCACGGCAGUGGAGUAAGGGGUGGCCUGCAUUUCAAGCCUGGAUUAGAGUGCCCGCUGCUAAACUCACUCCAGUGUAGUUCAGUAUGUCCCCUGUAUCCCCUUACCUGUCUCACUGCUCUCCCAAAUGUCCAAUUGUCUUUGACUCAACCCAUUUUUCUGUCUAAGGGACCUGCCUGUGCUGUAGUUGUUGAUCUUAUUUUUGUUAUGGUUUUUUUUUUUUUUUUUUUUUUUAAUAAAGGGGUCUAUUUUAGAGUUAUCCCUCCAGAAAACUAGAGGGGGAUGUAAGUGCUACAUUUUUUUCAAUUGGUCCUUAUUUUCAAAGGUGUAUGGUCCUGAAGCCAAUUUGUUGUUAGUACUGCCACAGAGGUAGUUGCACUCCUUUUUUAUAUAUAGUUUGUUUCUGCAAGUUUUUUAUGUAGGGCUGUUCAGAUAUAGAUUUGACGCUGAUACCGCCAUUUUCAAGGUAUCAGUAAGUAUAUAACUCAAUUCAUUAUGCCAAUACAAUAUUUUUCAUGACCGAGGAACCAUACUCCAUGAUGUUGUGGCUGAUGCUACUGUUAAUACGCAGAAUUACGAUUGUGGAGUUAUUUUUUACACACUGACCUUGGUGUCGGACUGGUACUCAGAUCGGCAGCUUCCCUGAGCCAGUAUCGGAUUGGAUAAAAAAAAAAAAAAAAUUGUAUUGGAACAAAUAUUUUGUAUUUGUUUUUUUUAUGUGUAGGUGGGUUCAAGUGAAGUGAAACACUGACAGAGUAAUUCAAAGUUCUAUCUCACCUGUCAUCUGGGUUUCAUAGAACCAUGGUUACAUCUGUAACUUUUGUUUUUAUGACUACGACUUUAUGAACUGCCUUAUUCCCCAAGAGAGUCCCAGACCAACCUGACUGAGGAUUUCUGACCAAAUACAUGGGGUUUUCUGACCUAACACUAAGACGAACCUGUAACUGCUGAAGUCUCCAGACAAUUUUACGUUUUAUGCCUGUAUUUUGUAUUUUUUAUAGUGAAAAAAAAGUCGCUUUUGCACCAGAUUUGAUUUUGUGGGUUCAUGUAGUUGUUGAGUUGCACUUUGAUUGUGCAGAUUAAUAUCAGGUAAUGUUAUUUUCCAUGUUGUUCUUUUAACCCUUGUGUUUUGUUAAAGGAAAUUUCUGUGGUUGUUUGAUUGCCAUCAUAGGUUAUUGGACAUAUGCGAGUUUCAUCCUGAUUUUGGCGACAUGAGAAGUUUUGUAGAUACUGAGCAUAUGGAAAUUUGUGUAUCUAUUAACUUCCAUUUUAAACUAAUUUUUUGACUCCUACUCUAAAACUCAAGGUGCAAAUUUCAUUUUUUUCUGGAGCAAAUCUAAUAAUCGAAAUACACAAUUAGUACAAAAUACUUCCAAUGUAACUUUUUUUUAUUGACUUUACUCAAAAACAAAACAAAAAAAUGCUCCAAAGUCUAUAUUCUCAUAGAUGUUGAUAGGCCAGUCACACACAUCAUAAUCAGUGUAAAAAAAAUGCUGUAAUGGAUUUAUUUUCAAAUUGGCAGUAGAUGAAUUUUUUUUUUUGCCUAUUGAAUGGCAGUAAAAACUGAAAUUUUACUUAACACUCUCAGUUUUUUCAACAAGGCACAAGGGUUAAAUGUGUAUUGACUCUCUCUUGUAGUUAAGGUUAGGGUCCAUAUGUUCUGAGAUGCCACAAUUCAUUUCAACUACACUCCACAUACUGCCUAGCCAUAUAGCUUUCUUAUUGUGUUCUGCUGAGAAAAUCUAUCUUUACCCGUAUUACUUCCAUAGCAACCAGUCCCAGGGGGUAAGCGCAGCAAAUCCAGUCUUAAGAAUUCUUUAACCCAAACAGUCGAGAUGGUGGUUGCAUGCUUCAUAUGUUUGCAAGGUUUUGAAUAAUCUAAACACACAGAAAAAAAAAACAACAACAACUCAGCAACUGGCAGCUUUGAAAGACCCAAUUUUUGCCAUGUUUUGCUGUGAUUGAAAAUGGAAAAAGUAAUACCAGAUGUACCCACUAAUGCGUGUAGAAAAUGAAAGAAAUUGUAGGCAUGCAUAAUAAUCAAACUGGCUCAAGAAUAUAGUACAGUAUUAGUAAGAGCAGAUUUUUUUUUUUUUAUGCGAAUGGUUAAAAUGUAAUUAUGAUGACGGUAUCUUGAGAGUUACCUGAACUUGAAUUGUUAAUUUGAGAACAAAAAUCAAUGACUAUUCCUCUAAUAAUAUUGUCACUAUUGGUGUUUGGAGAUGUAUGCAAAAAGUAUUUUUAAAGGGCCCAUAUUGCUCUAUUUUCUAAUCUAUGUUAUGUUAUUUACUUAACAAAAACAUACGAGUUGUGUUUGUUUCAUUCACACGUUUGACACUCAAAUCCUGCAUAUUUAGGCUGAGUUAUUCUCUUAGACAGAAAACUCUCUGUUCCACCAUAUGAUCUGAUGUGGUAAUACAGGAAGAGUCUAUUGUAUUUAAACUCCGUACAGCUUCACUAUAAUAAUUUCAGUGAUUUCAGCCCUGGAGUUUUACCUUUUGUUCAACCCUACUGAACUAAAAGUAAAAGAUGGGUGUUAACUUGAAAACUACCGCUUCAUGGCAUCACAAGGUGGAACAGAGCAUUUAGAUUUUUGGAGAUGUAGACAGACUAAUAAUAAAGUGUUACUCAAACAUGUGUGAAUGAAACAAAACAUAACUCCAGGCAUGUUUUGUGAGAUGGUAACAACAUUCAAAUAAAAAGCUCACAAGAGCUAAUUUUGCAUAAUAUAGGACUUUUUAAAAGCUGUGAAAAGCUGUUGCAACUUGCAUUGAAACAAAGUGAUAUUUUUGCACUUUGUAAGUUAAAAUUAACAACUUAAAAUAAAUUUAGAUUUUGGGGAAUAAUAACACAUCAACCAAGACAUUUACAGGACAUUUUUGAACUAUCGCUGCAGAAUGAAUACUAUGGAAAGUCAUAUGACUAGUCAGCUUACUACUACUACAACUACCACUACCACUAUUACUACUACACAACACACUACUCAAACACACUACUCAACAAUGUGUCUGAAUCUGACCGUAGGAUGCUUGAAAAUUUGUAAAACUGUUAUAAAAUGUAUAUGAGCCUUAUGUUUGGACCAUUCGUGAAGGAGCUUUUGGACUGACUACUGCUACUAUGACUACUACUACUAUUACUAUUACUAUUACUAUUGCUACUACUACUACUGCUGCUGCUGCUAACCCUGUCUCUCACACAUGGGACAGACCUGAGGAGGAUAUCUGGACACUCUGGCCUUGGGCACGUCCACUGGUCCAAACUCAAAUCAAUGUGAAUAAUGACCUGUCACAAGGCUGAAGGACGUGUUGGUAGAAGGUUGAGCAGAAGAAUGUUCACUGCAAAGAAAUGUACAUCUGUGUGUUAAAAUGACUUGAAUUCAGAUACCAGUGUAUUCUGAGUAGAUUUGAGUAGUUUCAAUUUAAAAUUUGGGGACCCACAUUUGAGGCUCACAAAGGUUCAGAGUCGGUCAUCUUAAAGGUGUACUAUGUAAGUUUUCUGGUUUUGUUGGAGAUGUUUAUUUGCCUGGAAUGUUCCAAAGUAUCGCAUAAAACUUUUCAAUUACAGUUGAUUUUGUUCCUUGAAAAGCGUUCUUACGUUGCUUGGUCCGAGAUGGAAAGGUUUAAUGCCUUACUGGGAUAUUCUAUUUAGACAAUAACAUCUCCAGUUUUUCAUAAAGGUGUUAGUAGAAGUUAGUGUUAAUGUAUCCUCUGAUGAAACUGAGGUAUGGUAAUUUUUCAUAUUUUGAAAUGCCACAAAUUUAGCUUAAAAAAAACAAAUUGUCAUAAAAAUAACAAUAUUUUCAACAGAUUUAGCGUGAAAUUGAAAUAACCCAAAUAUCCUAAAAACACAACACAAAAACUAGAAAUACCACUCAAAUCGGUAUUGUCAAUUCAACUCAUUUUAAGUGUUGAUAAAGCAGUGUGGGCUGGUUCAUCUGGUCAACCCUCACUUCUAAAGCCAAUGUUUGAUUUUGAUACCGAGAUUUUUAAACUCUUUUUCAAUGUGAAUGUUUGAACGGUUCUAUACUCGUGCUGUACAUCUGAAAACGGAGCUCGGGACAGAUCAGAUGGUGUGUCUUUAUGCAAUGGUGCCGUAGAUGUGGGUGUCGUUGGACUUAAGCCUUAAGAUGCUGUGAUGAAGAUGAUUGUCCUGUCACUGUUCUGGCAGCUCUUGUGAUGUUUGAACUAAUAAAGAAUGCAUGAAGUA